CUCCUCCUCAUUUUUAAGAAAAACAAGUCAAAUAUAUCCCAUUGUAUUUUUAUAUAUUAUUUCCAGAGCUUCCUCCUCAAAUAUCUCUACCUCUCUCUGUUUCUGCAGCUCCCUGAGACCAACCAACCACCCUGGAACAAUCUCAGAGCAGCUCAAAUAUAAAUAAAUCUUGCUAAUUUUCUGUUUUUGGAACAAACUGGUUCCGAUUUCAAAUCCAAUACCAUAGUAUUAUUUGAUCGAAUCGGUUUUCAAUGGAUUCCGAGUUCUGGACCUCCCGCCUCGCCGCUGCGAAACGUCAGUACACGUUGCAGCACCAUCACCAGAGCUCCCACUUAGAUCGGCUGAGCAUGGAUGAUUUCGAGGUGGAAGACGAGGUCCGACCUGACUUCCCGUGCCCGUAUUGCUACGAGGACUUCGACAUCGCGUCCUUGUGUGCGCACCUCGAGGAUGAGCACACAUGCGAAUCUAGAGUCACCGUUUGUCCCAUUUGCUCGAUUAAAGUUACACGGGACAUGUUAAGUCAUAUUACACUGCAACAUGGGCACUUAUUCAAGUUGCAGAGACGUCGCAGGUUACGUAGAGUUGCUAUUCCUAAUAGUCAAGCACUGUCUCUCCUUGGCCGGGAUCUCCGUGAGGCUCAUCUCCAAGUGCUUUUAGGGAGUGGGGGAUAUCGAUCAGAAAAUGCUAAUGUGUCUAGUGCAGCUACCGAUCCAUUCCUGUCAUCACUUAUAUUGAAUUUCCCUGCAUCAGGAGCGGAUGAAAUUUCAAAAUCCGUGGUAACAACUGCUGAGGACACUCCCGCAAAGACUGUGGCUCCCUCACAUAUAUGGAAAUCAAGUUUUGAUCCUUCCUUGAGUCAUGAAGAGAGGGAGAAAAGGAUUCAACAAGCUACUGGGAGAUCUGGUUUCGUGCAAGAUCUGUUUCUCUCUACAAUGUUAAGUGACUAAUGGAGAUAGUAAGUUUUUCGUAAUAAAAUGAGUUGCUCAAGAUGGUGUUAAGGGUUACUUUGUUGGGUGGGAUUCUAAUGGUUUUACCUUCUAAAACAACCCAAGACAUGCCUCCUAUGAGUGCUUGGUUGAAAUUACUUGUCUUUAUUAGCUCCUUUCCUUCAAAGAAACAUUUAUAUUCUUUAGUUAAUGGAAAAUGAUAAUUUAACUUGUGAUAGUGUAAGUUGCCAUGUACAUUGCAAAUGGUGAAUGUGAUUUAGUGUAGCAACAAGCCUUAAUUGGUUCUUAAUGAAGCAAAUGAAUGGAAAAACGCAAAUGCUCCCAACUGUGACGGUGGAAGAAAAUUUUCAACCUGAGAACCGAAUGUUAUUCUGCAUCUACUAGUCCAGUUG